CUUGUUUAGAAGGAAAUGGCCCACGCAAAUACUGGCCCAUCACGAGGCCCAAAUCUGCGUGUCCAAGGAGGAGGAGAGAAGCAGCAAAGCCCAACUUCAUCUGCCUCGUCUCGUCCUCACCCCGCCUCGCCGCCUCAAACCCUCUCCCCACCUGCAUCCCCUCUCCUCCACGGCGGCGGCGGACACCACCGCACAAUGAGGAGCUCCCCUGCGGCGAGUGGCACCACGCCGUCGAACAUGGACAGCGGGAGCGAAUCUGACAGCGCCCCCGAGGAGCUCACCGCCGUCCAGGGGGUUGAGAAGCACGACGAGAUCAGUAAAGUUGAGAAGGACAGUGCCAUCAGAGUAUCGCAGCAGGAGAAAGAGCGGAGGAGAAGGUGGGCCCAACGAAGAACAUCCUCAAAACCAGAUAAAAAGGAGCCUCUGGAGGUAGAAGAUAAAGACAUCAAACAGAAGGCAGAGAAUGAAGAAGAUGAGGAGAGCGAGGAGACCCAUACUAUGCCUGGCAUGCUCCCUACCAAUGUUAUCGAAAUGCUUGCAGCACGUGAGAAGCAAACCUUCUCAUCUGACUCCGAGGAAGAGAUAACAAAUCAGAAGGUUCAGAAAAGGAAGAAGCGGUUGAAAUCUUCCGGGCCUGAAACAAUUCUGUUGAAAGACGUUCGCUCGACACAGCAUGUGAAGAAUGCCCUUGCUUUCCUGGAGCAAAGGAAAAACCAGGUGCCAAGAUCCAAUGCAGUUUUAAAGAACGCGAACAAAGCUUUGCGCCUCCUUUCAUCGAAGGGCAAUUUUUUGAGUUGAAUAUGGUAAUUGCGAGAGCAAAGGAUUUUCUCAAUUUGCUGUUAGGUAUGUGCUUCGGAAGACAUUUAUGUUUCAGAGGGAUGGUCUUUUUUGUGCUUUUAUUUGAGAUGAAUUGGCUUUCACAUCCCAGGCGCACAACGGGCAUAUCGAUGAGCAUGAAACUGUACAAUACGAAUGUUUGCAAAUGUAAUAUGUAUGGUGCGUCAGUAUUUGACAAUUCUUUGGGCAUGAGUAAUUUCUUAUAUGGAAUAUUAUUGUUCAUUACUUCUUUGCUAAAGAAAAUGGGAAUUGUUCAGUUAAACCCGUUGACAUGAAUUAUUUGGAAACUUAGCAACCAAUCAAA